UAUCAACGACGCAAUGAAACAUAAUUGGUUCGGCUCUUACAAUCGAGUGGGAUUGGAUAAACCGAAUUAGAGAGCAUGUGGUGAUGGUUCCAUGGGAUCAUUUCCCCAUUUUGUCUUGUCUUGUCUGUGUAUGUUCUUCUCUGCCACGUCGUCUCUUCUUCCCUCACAUUAGUUUCUUCUCAGGGGACGACUUCCCUUCUUCUGCAGGAUUGUAAUGAACAAAAGCAAAGAUAACGUUGAGCCAACAAUCAAAGAUGAUAGUCCAUUUGAAAAGCUUCAAGAGGAUCUCUUGAUAGAGAUAUUUAUCAGAGUUCCAAUAUCAGAGUGGGAACAAAUCUCUUCUGUUAGAAAACAGUGGGCGAAUUUAUUCCGUGGAGAAUGCUUUUGGCAGGCUGCUCUUAACCGGACGUUUCCUUUUGCUACCAAAACUCAAAGAUGGAUUGGACCAAUACGUCGAGGGUUGAACAAACGGAGAUUUGUGGCUUUAUACAUCAGCAGAAACAUAUUACGUGUGGAUAUAGACAUUGAUGAAAUGCUCGGACAUAUUUCCUUGUUCUUGAAAGAUCAGCUUCAACUUUCAACUACUCCUGCUUCAGGCGUUCUCCAUGGAACUUUGAUUGACCAAUUGAUUGUUUGUGGCAAAUCGAAAGAAGAAGCUGAUGAGCUCCCGACAAAGAUUUGGCUGGCUCUUCUAGACAAUUUAGAGGACACAAAACAUACAUUUGUUGUCCUGAAAUCCAUUGCGCAAGAAUAUGAUGGUUUUCUUCCAUAUCCAUAUUCAAGACCGAUCAAAGUGCAGUGGAAAGUGUUUGAGAAACUGUUUGUGGAUUUCCACGACUUGCUUGAUCAUUCAGAGUAUUGCGACCUAAUAGGAAUUGCCAAGAAGAAGUUUCAAACAUUACCACAUCUUUGGUUAGGCUAUUAACUAACUUUAGCCAAAGAACAUUCAAAGUCUGCAUCUUUGUAAGAAAAGCGUCUAAAACGCAGAUUUUUUAGCCAUGUAAUAUUCGUGGUUACUUGUUGACUAACAACGACUCUUUGUUGACUAUUUUAAUCUCUUCGUUACUAUCAAAACGUUUGUAAAAAUCCAAAAUUUUCACUUCUUCUUCUUCUUCGAAA